AUGAAUUUACAUAGUUCGCUAGUUCUAGAUAUUAAAAAUAGCAAAUUGAUUAUUAUUGAUGAGGCCACAAUGAUGACUAAACACGCUUUGCGAUGCAUUGACCGAUUACUUAAAGACAUUAUGAAAAAUUCCCACCCAUUUGGCGGAAAAGUAAUUUUAUUAGGUGGUGAUUUUAGACAGACUUUACCAGUAGUGCCUAAAGGCUCCAAAGUCGAUAUUAUAGAGUCCUGUAUAAAAAGUUCAUAUUUAUGGAGUCAUUUUAAAAUAAUACAUUUGAUUGAUAAUAUGCGUAUUUCAUCAGAUCAAGUUGAUUACAAUGCUUGGUUACUUAAAAUUGGAGAUGGGCUAUCACGCAGCAAUUCUGAUCUUCCUACAAAUAGUGUUGAAAUCCCACCUUAUUUGCUUGAAAAUGAUUCAUUAAUAAAAUGUGUGUAUGGUAAUUCUAUAGAAAUUGCUGAUAUAGAUAGUCUUUCUACUAAAAUAAUAUUAACCACCAAAAAUAAAAUUGCACUUACCCUCAACAACGAUAUCAUUAAUAUAAUUUCAGGCCCUAUCAAACAUUAUUAUAGUGCAGAUUCCAUUGAAAGCGAUAAUAAGGAUGAUAUAAUGAAUUUUCCAAUAGAAAUUUUGCAUUCACAAACUCCAUCCGGUAUGCCACCUCACAAGCUAACACUUAAGGUUGGUACAAUUGUUAUGCUAUUACGCAACUUGAGCCCAAAGAAAGGACUUUGUAAUGGUACCCGUUUAAUCAUACGACAUUUACAUAUUAAUUUUAUCGACGCUGAGGUAUUGACAGGCACUAAUAAGGGUUAUCGAGUUUUUCUCCCACGAAUAGAUCUAGCUCCAAGUGACUCUCAGUUACCAUUUACUUUAAAAAGACGACAGUUUCCUAUAAUUCCCGCUUUUGUGAUUUCAAUAAAUAAAAGUCAAGGACAAACUUUUGAUCAUGUAGGCUUAUUCCUCCCUGAGCCCGUCUUUGCCCAUGGACAACUAUAUGUGGCUCUUACUAGAUGUAAAUCUCAAAAUAAUAUGAAAAUUAUGAUUUUGCCAUCAGAAUUACAAGGAAAAAUUUUAAAAAAUGAUAAAACUUUCACACAAAAUAUCGUAUAUAAUGAAAUCUUAAAUUCAUAA